AUGGCAGCAGAGGAGGUGCUCACGGUGCAGCACCUUGAAGAAGACAAAGUCCAGCAACAUGAAGAAGAAGUCCAGUAUCAAGGGAAAGUCAGCUAUCUGAAGGUGCUCAACUUCUUUUUGCAUUUUGCAUCCAGAGGGACUUGCCAGCAGACAUUUGCUCUGAUCAUUGAUGGAAAAUCACUAACAUAUGCUCUAGAGGAUAAUAUGAAAAACAUGUUUCUAGAGCUUGCAAGUCAUUGUGCAUCUGUUAUCUGCUGCCGCUCAUCGCCAAAGCAGAAGGCUCUGGUUACUAGACUGGUCAAAUCUGGAACUGGUAAAACAACAUUAGCUAUUGGUGAUGAAGCUAAUGAUGUCGGAAUGCUUCAAGAAGCAGACGUAGGGAUUGGAAUCAGUGGCGUCGAAGGAAUGCAGGCCGUCAUGUCUAGUGAUAUUGCAAUUGCGCAGUUCAAGUAUUUGGAAAGAUUACUUCUUGUACAUGGACAUUGGUGUUACCGGAGGAUGUCAUCAAUGAUAUGCUAUUUUUUCUUUAAGAACAUCAUCACAUUUGGAUUCACCCUAUUCUUGUAUGAGGUGUAUGCAUCAUUCUCUGGACAGCCUGCAUACAAUGACUGGUUUUUGUCUCUCUAUAGUGUCUUCUUUUCGUCACUUCCUGUAAUUGCCCUUGGGGUCCUUGACCAGGAUGUAUCUGCCAGGUACUGCCUGAAGUUUCCGAUCUUAUACCAAGAAGGGGUGCAAAAUGUCCUCUUUAGCUGGCGUAUAGUACUUAGUUGGAUGCUUAAUGGAUUUAUUAAUGCCACAAUGAUAUUCUUCUUCUGCACAAAAGCAAUUGAGCCUCAGGCCUUUGAUGAGGAGGGAAGAACGGCCGGAAGGGAUAUGCUGGGCGUGACAAUGUAUACUUGCGUGGUUUGGGUGGUGAACUUGCAGAUGGCACUUGCUAUACGUUAUUUCACCUUGAUACAACAUAUUUUUAUCUGGGGUUCCAUUGCUUUCUGGUAUCUUUUCCUCCUGGCAUAUGGAGCAAUGCCUCCAAAAUUUUCUACAAAUGUUUAUCAAGUCUUCAUUGAAACUCUCGCCACAUCUCCUUCCUUUUGGGCUGUGACAUUCUUUGUGGCGAUCUCAACACUUAUACCAUACUUCACAUUCUCAGUAAUUCAGAUGUGGUUCUUCCCCAUGUAUCACCAAAUGGUACAGUGGAUAAGGUAUGAGAGGAAGACAAAUGCCACUGAAUAAAAAUACUGUGAUAUAAUGAGCAAAUAUCAUUAUGGCCGACCACAACGAGUUCAACAGUACAUUUUGCAGCUGAUGCUAA